UUCUUGCCGCGGUGGUGGGGCUCACGAGCCUCAAUAUCACGAGCCUCGAGAGCCUCGUCGACGGCAGACUCCUCGCGCUUGGCGGCCUUAGCCUUCUUGGUCUUCUUACCACGGUGGUGGGGCUCGCGGGCCUCGAUGUCAUGAGCCUCAAAGGCUUCAUCGACAGCAGACUCCUCACGCUUGGCGGCCUUGGCCUUCUUGGUCUUCUUGCCACGGUGAUGGGGCUCACGAGCCUCGAUAUCACGGGCCUCAAGGGCCUCGUCAACAGCAGACUCCUCGCGCUUGGCGGCCUUGGCCUUCUUGGUCUUCUUGCCGCGGUGGUGAGGCUGAUCGAAGGUGUCAAUAUAUAUAACUCUUUGACCUGAGCACAUUUGAGAAGAUUUUAUCUUACCUCACGAGCCUCGAUGCUGGCAGCCUGGGGCGCAGCCAGGGCAGGCAUGGCGAGUGCCAAGGCGGGAGCCUAUUUAAACUCACAUUAGUCCUCGCGUUCCCACACUUUAGCCUAAUCGUGGAAGGCAAACUUACUACAUAGCGUCUGGCGACCUGACCCGUGGGGAUGAGGUUCAACGACUGAACACCUUGGACGGCAAGGAUGCUCGCCAAGAGGAAGUGGCCAAAGGAUGGGUAGUGCAUCUUGAAAAGAAUGAUUGGCUGACCGGCAGCAAAUGACAGCAACUGGAUUACAAGAGAAAGGAAUGAAGGGUCGCGUCAAGCGAUCAGGGGCCAACAGUGGAAUGAGAUGUACGGAUGGUCAGGCAAUGGUGGGCUGAUGAGCGGGUUUGAGAAGAUAUUAUAUCUUGCUCAACGACCUCUGCGUCUUCGUCCCUCCACAGACGAGUUGACAAGGCACCCCCCCUUUUGGCACGGCACUUGGUCCAUUCGCGAGUCUCCAUUCGACUAAGUGACGAAGGCAUGGGUUGAAGCCCCAAGUUUGGACGAAAAGGGCCUCGACUAGAAGGCGUCAAACUCUGAUCGGCCUGCCGCGUAGGACCAGAAACGUCUCAGAGUCGGGAUACCAGAUGGAAAGGGUCUGAAAGGGGGUGGAGAGACAGGGCCAUGGGCUAUGACGGCUUGCGAUGGUUGCUCGGACUGAGCUAGCCGCAAAAGAUGGGACUCGUUCAAAACUCGUCGGGGCUGCGCUGAUGAUGUCGAACAGCACCAAAAUGCUGGACGCGGGGAGGCUGGAAGGGGAGGUUCCUGGACUAGGAUGUGAGCCGAAUCCCGCGCCUGCGGUAUCGUCGAUGGUUGUCGUCCUCCACUUCGAAAGCUCGUAUACGGAGUACUCCUCGUACCAAGCAAUGAGAAGACAACAAGCAUACUACCUUAUUCCCUUUAGACAUGAACAUGGUUGCGGUACUGGACUCGCUUGCAGUUUCAGUUCCAAGAAGUUCCAAGACUACCCUGGGCGGUCAGCAGACGGGGGGCACACAGGGGAAACGGAGGGUGUUCUCUCGUUGUGCCUGGCGUCUCGUUCGACAGACCCCAACAGGAUCUGAUGCUAAGCCUGAUCGACAGGACGUUACGGAAGGUCUUCGCGACGCCGCAGUGUGUCGAGGAAAUACGCUGGUAGGGUGGCCCGGUGAUGAUCCAUCAGCCAUCUCCUGUCGUACUGUUACUCGUACGCUAGAGAGGAUGAGCCGCACAAGGGAUCUCUGAUACAGCCACAGUCCCAGAAUGCCAAGACUUGACAGCAACCGAACCUGGGUCGAGAUUAAAAAGGUGUACCGACUCAAAACCGACCACUGUUGGUGUCCUGUGGUGGUGGAUAUUCCAUGAGCAAUGCGGCAUCAAGUUGCCGGGUUUUGAGCCUCAUAGGCGGCCCGGGCUCUUCCCUGGUGCCUUACGGCGUUCGUGAGUGGUCGGUGCAUCCCCUGUGGGAUGGGCUGGAGGCGCUGGAACGUGGUGACUGGUCGUGGGUUCUCCCCCGCAAGCCACACCCUGUCGCACCAAACUCCGCGUUUCGACACACCCCUGUUCUGAGACACCGCACCAACGCCUCAGCUGUGCCAUUACCAGGGGCCCCUUUUUCUUUGCUUCUCUGUCUCUCUCUCUCUCUCUCUUUUUGUGUCUCUGCAACUCUUCGACUAUGGGAAGAAGGUUCUCAGCUCUCUAUCACAUUCUCGAGGCAACGAGCCUGCUGCAGGGACGGAGACAGGGAUACAAGAGCCAGGACUUGGACCUGACUAAACCUGACAUGAGUAGCCCUGCAGAUGUUACCAAGACUGCACGAAAUCCCGUUCAUGGGAUUGUUCAUCAACAAGGGCCAGCCCAAUCAUCGCCUUGGUUAUUGGACGAGAGCGGCUAAUUAUUUCCGACCAUCUAUUAUCAUCCAUCACUGCAGGGUGCACGCAGCACGCAGUAUCUACUAUCUACCCAUGACCACUUGAACCAAGGCUUGCUUGCAACUCGACCGAGUCGACUUGCGUUCCCUAUCCCACCCCCGGCUGUGACGGACUCGACCUCUGUCCUGUCUCGUCUAUUCUUGCUUGGGAUGAUCGGCUUCUUGGCCUGUGCCGCAACUUCGCAACGAAGAUCAAACAGCCCAAACGUUUCUGGUGGCUGGAUGACAUCUCGCUAGCUGGCGAUUUCCAUCCGACUAUCCAGAGCCUAUGCCACUAUGGUCCAUGGAUCCCAAGUAUCCCAACGGGGCGAGGUUGCAUUGCACACACCUGCCAGACGGCGACUUUUCCUCCCUCGGUCUUGAGCGAACUGGGUCCCCUUCCCAAGUCGAGUCCUGUCAUUGUUCGAGUUGGGACAUAGUUGCGGCGCGCAGUCUCUCGCUGACGCCGCCUCUGCCCGUGCUCAAUCUCUCUCUCUUUCUGUCUCUCCCUCUCGAGUCUCCUCUUCCCACCCCCAUCGACUAGUCGACUUGGACGGUCUGUGAUCACCCAUUAGUUUGGUAAUCUGAUUUUCCGCGCCCGAAGCGAUCGCCUUGGCACUCGUCUCUUCUUACCUUCUCUGAGAGCUGCUGGCCUUGCCUCCGAACUGUUUCCCCUCCCCUUCUCUUCAUUCUGUGCAUACCACUCUAUCAUUCUCCCUUCUUGUCUCUUUCUUGUUUGGUCACACUUUCAAUUCCCAUCAUCCGUUUCUAUACCCGACUUGACGUCGUCGUUGUGCCAUUUCUUUGCUGUCAAAUCUGUGACAGCAUCCCUUCUUUCGCCUUCUAUUCUUUCUUAAUAAGGCACCUGGCGUGCUCCAACUUAACCUUCCGGUGCUACUACCUUGCCCGCCGAAGAGGGUCCCUCUCUCUUUAAUAAUCAUGUCUUCAGAAAAGGUCUACCGGUCCGUACCCCACGAGGAGGAGGAAGUCGAGAGUCUCGCCGGAAGCCUCAAUACGGAGAGCACCGAGAACGUAGAGGCCGCCACAGGAGGAAACGAAGCGACAUGGAGGCGGAUGAGGCUCGGCGAUGAGCACCCGUGCAAAGAGAAGGCGCGCCGGCUUCUGCGGUAUUGGCCUUGGGCUCUUCAUGCCGUGCUUCUCACGACAUCUGUCACGUUGUUUGCGGCAUCAUUCUGCCUUCGCUAUGGCAAUACGAAUAAGGACGAUACUUGGGUGACGGAGAAGUACUCAUCGUGGUCGCCUGCUGCAGGAAUCAUCAAGUACCACACCGAAAGGUACAACCUGACGCCCAUCAUGGACUGGUCACCCUUUGUUGGUGCUGGAUACGAGAUCGAUAGAGCAUGGGAUCACAUCACAAACAACAUCGGCGACCAGAUGAUCUCGCGCGCCGAGCUCGACAAGCUCGGUCUCGAUCCCAAGUCAAUCAAGACCACCAAUGCCGUCACGGGCGAGGAGGGCUACCGCGUCGGCCUCGAGGUGUUCCACCAGCUUCACUGCCUGAACCUGCUCCGUCAAGCUACGUAUCCUGAGUACUACUCAAGGAAAGAAGUCGGCGGCGACGUGGCCGUUGAGCACAAGGACUUGAGAGGACACCUGAACCACUGCAUCGAAGCCCUGAGGCUGAACCUGAUGUGCGAAGCCGACAUUGGCGUCUUCACGUUCAAGAUGUACCCGGAUCUCCCGCUCGAGGGCCACUGGCCCGACUUCAGCACGCUGCACACCUGCCGCAACUUCAACGACAUCCGGGACUGGGCGCUGACACAUUCGGUGACGUUUGAGAAUGAGGAAUAGGCUUUUUCGGCACAACACCAGUUGGAAGGAAUCGAAAAUGAGUUUUGAGUUGCGGAAAGGUGGUGGGCAAGGCAGGGUAACAUAGCAAGGGUACACCUUCAUACAUAUUGAAAAAGCAUAACAGCGGCAAUGCAGACCGCAUACGGAUUUCAUUUUCCC